AUGGCAAAGAAGCCUGCAGCUUCACAGCACUUCUGCGGUCGCUGCCCACAGACCUUCAACACUAGGCAGGCGCUCAACAAACACUUGCAGAACCACCCAGAUAGUGAAGCGGCUGUUCUGAACUGUGCGGUCUGUAACUGGCCGUUCGACGACUCGCUUGACCUCGAGAAACACUCCAUCACUACCGGUCAUUCUCAAGCCACAAUACUACCUCAAGAGUACGUUUGCAACAGGUGCUCUCAGAACUUUAGCACCCAGCGCGACUACAAUUGUCACCGGGAGCUCGGAGAACCUUGUUGCGACGCUUUUCACGCCAGUGACUGGAAGAAAGGCCCUCGCCCGGGCUACAUCGGUCCAGAUAAGCCAAAGCUAGUUUCUAGGGAAGUCAAGGAACUAGCUUACGGCAGUGAUUCGUCAGAUUCACCAAGCGAUAUGAGCGAGGGCCGUGUUUGCUGCAAGCACUGCAGGAAAACCUUUGCAUCUGAGUUCUCGCACGAUUGUCACCUUCUUGGCUGCAAGCCGUUCAAUUCGAAGCUGACCCCAGACUUGUCUCUGGAGAUUCUUCGCGUCCGAGACCAGGACCAGUACCAGAAUGUCGCUCAAGCUAAGCGUCACACGACGACGCUCGAAGUCAUUGCCCCGCACAUGACAAAUUCGACGACUCUUGCCGAUGCUUCGUGGCCUACGCCCCUCCAGACUGUCACGCUGAAUACUAGUGCUCCAGUGUUCCGCCAGUCGCUUCCAUUUCCAACAGCACCAAGGGAUGCAUCUUCAGCAAGAAGCUCGGGGAUCCAGAACAUCGGAGGCGCCUUAGAAAUGGAGCAGGCCAAGUCCAUAUGUGGCAAAACGUUGCGUUUACUGCUCCAGACUGACAUCUUCAUCCAUCACGAUGGCAAGAUGAGUGUUGGCGGCAUCGACUGGACACGUAUUGGGGUAGAGCGACAGUCUGCCGUUGUUGGCAUGUUCGACGACAUGUGCCAUUUGCCUCGCAAGCUUCAGUCUCUCGAGUAUGUGCCGGCUCCAAAGACGUUCAUGGCUGAGUACACCGCGCAGUAUCCUGUGACAGAGUUCGAAAGCGCGCCGGCCCGAAAUCCCGCAAAGCCCGGUCUGGGUAUCAUCGCCAUGGCUUGCAGCAAGAUCACUCUCAGCAAUAGGUGUCAGGAAGUUGUCAAGAUUGCCGCCGUUGAUGUCCUCACUUGCCGUGUGCUGAUGAGCCACCUAGUGUGCACAGAUCCAAACGCACAAGUCGCCAACUGGCACUCCUCUGUCACAGGCCUGACUAGUCUCAGGGACAUGGAAGACGCUCGCCAGGCCGGCUACAGGGUCCUCAAGAGUUGGGCUGCGGCUCGCUCAGCUCUCUUCAAGUUCAUCGACAGGGACACGAUCAUCAUCGGCCACAACCUACGCUCUGAGCUGGACGCACUACGCAUCAUCCAUGGUCGCGCCGUUGACAUUGCCAAGGUUGUCGAGAAGGCCGCUCAAGGUCCGUUAUCAAAGGCACAAGUCAGUCUUGAUAGCUGGUGCCGGGACGUUGCGAACGUUGCGAGAUUGAAGACGGACCCAGUGUUCGGACGUGAUUGUGUCAUGAGCGCCUUCGCAGCGCGUGAAAUUGGACUGUGGGCCAUCAAGAACCGGGAAAAGUUCGAGAAUGUGGCUAAGCAGAAGACACAGGAGUACCAGAUGGUGCUCAAGGCUUGA